AUGGUUCGGGGUGAACUGGAUGAGGCCACACGCAAGCGCAUGCAGCGCUGUGUGGAGCAGCUGAGCCAGAAGAUGACUCUGCUGCUGCAGGAGAUUGAGCAGAGGCACCUGGAGCAGAGGAGCCUGGAGCAGAGGCGCCCGGAGCAGAGCGGCUUUGCCUGGGGACCCCUGCUCCUCGAGCAAAGGGGACGGAGCCAUGAACUAGACAGGAACAGUGAAGAGGAUAGCUCCAGCAGCAGCAGCACAGUGGAAGAGGAGGAAGUGCAGGAUCAGAUAGAAAGUGAUGGAGAAGAUCCUGUUGAUGAGAAUGACCUGGGCAGGACUGUUGCAAAGCGCAUACAGUGGCCAGUGCAGAACCUGGCCUACAGGUCCCAGCUGGUGGCGGAGCUAAUGGGCAACCUCCUUCGAGUCUGCAGAGAACUCUUGUCAGAUACUUUCUUCCCGGUACUGCAGCCAGCCAUAAGUGUGGGCAGCACCUUUGAAGGUUGGAGUCCCUGUGAGGAUGACUGUGUCUACCACCUGUUCAUGCCCCUGCAGCCCCCCUGGGGGCACACCUUCCACCUGGAGCCGUGCACCGCGGGGCAGAUGCUGGGAAGGCCCUUUAACAUCCGUGUGGAGCAGGUGUGCACCUGCCAGAGGGAGCGGCUGCCAGGAGACAUGCUGUGCUUCCUGCACCACUCUGAGGAGGAGCUGAGGAAGAAUCAGGAGCCCAGCCUCCUACACACCCUCUGCACCAGCUCCUACCUAGAUGUGCAGAAAACUGCCUACUGGUUCCGGAAACUUGCUAGGUCAGCCUGGAUGAUGUUGCCUCAGUCACGUCGCUACCAUGUGAAGCUGCUGUCCUCCAACCGCUCCUGCAAGCUGCAGCUGACAACUCCUUCCAGGAGAACUCUCUUCAUUGAGAUGCUGUUUGGGGUGCAGCAAGGCAAAACAGACCUCUUUGUGAGCAGGCAGAGCACAGAGGCCUUCUUCACCCCCAGCACAACGUGGCUGGAGAGCUGCGCUGUGGCGGAGGUGAAGUUCUUCACACAUAUGGCCAGGCAGGUCCCGCAAAACAGCUUCCACCUCAGAUGCCUGCAGCUCUAUGCUCGCGUCCUGCUGGACACAGGCUUUUCCACCUACACCGGGAAGACAGCUGUGAUGCACCUCCUGACCACCACACCCCUGUCAGGCUGGCGCAGGAGAGAUUUCCUGCUGCGGCACAGAGGCCUUCUUCACCCCCAGCACAACGUGGCUGGAGAGCUGCGCUGUGGCGGAGGUGAAGUUCUUCACACAUAUGGCCAGCGCAGGAGAGAUUUCCUGCUGCGGCUGGAGGACAUCAUGGGCUACCUGCGUGGCUGCCUGCAGGAGAAACGCCUCAACCACUUCUUCUUUGGCAAUGAGAACGUGCCCAAGGAAAUCAUCUUGCCCCUGGACAUUCGCGCGGCUGAGCCACUCAACCUCUUCAAGCAGCUGGCGCAGGAUCUGGAUGCCCAUGCCGAGGCACUGCAUGAAUUCAUGGGGCUGCAAGAUCACCUCAACAGACUGCUGCUCUGCGGCCACUGGAGGACCUCUUGA